UUUCCAUUUCCCCAAAAGAAGACCGGGAGCCAAAGAAGCCACGAGUGGAAGUGGAAAGACCCAAUGCUUUGCUGAUCACCAACUAUAAGUUCCACGCGCAACUUGGGCACGGCACUUUCGGCAGGGUGAUGUUGGCGUCACUCACCAACUCAACCAAGCAUGUGGCUCUCAAAAUCAUUAAGAAGUUGGGCACCAGUAGACAUCAACAAAGUAUCAAGAGUGAAGCACGGGUGCUCAGGAUCUCCGGAGAGUGUCCCUUUCUUUGCAGGGGACUUGCAGCAUUCCAAACGGAGCUGCAUGCCUUUAUGGUGAUGGAGUGCGAGAGCAAAACCAGCCUUUCCCAAAUGAUAAGAAACAGAGGGAAACUAGAGAUGAAGUCCGUAAUCUUCUAUUCUGCAGAACUGGUAAUAGGCCUCCAAUUUCUCCACUCAAGAGGGAUUGUGCACAGGGACUUAAAGCUUUCCAACAUAUUAAUAAGCAAAGAUGGCCACGUCAAAAUUGCAGACUUCGGGGUGAUAGCAGAGGGCGUUUACUACGGGAAGAAGAUAAAGAACAUUGCUGGAACCAAAAGUUACAUGGCUCCAGAGAUCUUCUUGAAUCGUCCGUAUGACUCAGGGGUCGACUGGUGGGCCUUUGGGAUCAUUCUGUGCGGGAUGGCUACUGGGCAAUCACCAUUCAACGCUGGCCAGGACAAGAACUAUCUGGCAUAUCUAGUCACCAGGACCAGACCCGUGUAUCCAACAGGGCUGAGCACAAAAGCUAGGGCACUUCUGGACGAGCUGCUAGAGAAGGUUCCAGAGAUGCGCCUGGGCACAAGAGGAUAUAUCCGGAGUCAUCCCUUCUUUCAUUCCAUCAACUGGGCAGACCUGGAGAGCCUGAAGGUGCCACCCCCUUUAAAGCCCCAAGGAUUUUCACUAGAGGAUUUAACAGCAAAAUAUAAAGGGCCAUUGUCAUUCCUGCAGGACAUUCCCUGUAAUGUUUCAUCUGAUGACAAAAUGGUUCAGGAAUUUUCAUUUCAGAACUCCAGAUGGUGAGUAUAAAACCAGGCCCCCUGCCUACAGCCUCACAACAAUGGGCCCCUACCUCCAUCCCCACAAGACCAGGCCCCUACCUCCUGCCCCACAAAACCGGACUUCCUGCCUCCGGCCCACAACAACGGGCCCCUGCCUCCGGCCCACAAGACCAGGCCCUGCCCCAUAACACCAGGCCUCACAACAACGGGCCCCUGCCUCCGGCCCCACAAAACCAGGCCCCCUGCCUAUUGCCCCACAAGACUGGGCCCCUGCCUCCGGCCCCACAAAACUGGGCCCUGCCUCCGGCCCCACAAGAUCGGGCCCCUGCCUCUUGCCACACAAGACCAGGCCUCUGCCUCGUGCCCCAGAAAAGGGGCCCCCUGCAUCAACAAUGGGCCCUGCCUCCGGCCCCACAAGACCGGGCCCCUGCCUUCUGCCCCACAAGACCGGGCCUCUGCCCCAGAAAACCAGGAACUUUGCAACAACAAUGGGCCCCUGCCUCCAGCCCCACAAGACUGGGCCCCUGCCUCCUGCCCCACAACAAUGGGCCCCUGCCUCCUGCCCCACAACAAUGGGCCCCUGCCUCGGCCCCACAACAAUGGGCUCCUGCCCCACAAGACCAAACCCCUGACUCCGGCCCCACAAAACCGGGCCUCCUGCCUUCAGCCCCACAACAACGGGCCACUGCCUCCGGCCCCACAACAACGGGCCCCUGCCUCCGGCCCCAACAGACCGGGCCCUGCCUCCUGCCCCUUAACACCAGGCCCCACAACAACUGGCCCCUGCCUCCUGCCCCACAAAACCAGACCCCCUAUCUCCGACCUCACAACAAUGGGCCCCUGCCUCCAGCCCCACAAGACCGGGCCCCUGCCCCCUGCCCCACAAGACUUUGCCCCUGCCUCCUGCCCCACAAGACUGGGCCCCUGCCUCCUGCCCCAUAACACCAGGCCCCACAACAACGGGCCCCUGCCUCUGGCCCCAAAAGACCGGGCCCUGCCUCCUGCCCCACAAAACCGGACCUCCUGCCUUCAGCCCCACAACAACGGGCCCCUGCCUCCGGCCCCACAACAACGGGCCCCUGCCUCCUGCCCCACUACAACGGGCCCCUUCCUCCGGCCCCAAAAGACCGGGCCCUGCCUCCUGCCCCUUAACACCAGGCCCCACAACAACUGGCCCCUGCCUCCUGCCCCACAAAACCAGGCCCCCUGUCUCUGGCCCCACAACAAUGGGCCCCUGCCUCCAGCCCCACAAGACCGGGCCCCUGCCUCCUGCCCCACAAGAUUGGGCCCCUGCCUUCUGCCCCACAAGACUGGGCCCCUGCUUCCUGCCCCAUAACACCAGGCCCCACAACAACGGGCCACUGUCUCCUGCCCCACAAAACCAGGCCCCCUGCCUCCUGCCCCACAAAACCAGGCCCCCUGCCUCCGGCCCCACAACAAUGGGCCCCUGCCCCACAAGACCAAACCCCUGACUCCGGCCCCACAAAACCGGGCCUCCUGCCUUCAGCCCCACAACAACGGGCCCCUGCCUCCGGCCCCACAACAACGAGCCCCUGCCUCUGGCCCCACAACAACGGGCCCCUGCCUCUGGCCCCAAAAGACCGGGCCCUGCCUCCUGCCCCACAAAACCGGGCCUCCUGCCUUAAACCCCACAACAACGGGCCCCUGCCUCCGGCCCCACAACAACGGGCCCUUGCCUCCCGCCCCACUACAACGGGCCCCUUCCUCCGGCCCCAAAAGACCGGGCCCUGCCUCCUGCCCCUUAACACCAGGCCCCGCAACAACUGGCCCCUGCCUCCUGCCCCGCAAAACCAGGCCCCCUGUCUCUGGCCCCACAACAAUGGGCCCCUGCCUCCAGCCCCACAAGACCGGGCCCCUGCCUCCUGCCCCACAAGAUUGGACCCCUGCCUUCUGCCCCACAAGACUGGGCCCCUGCUUCCUGCCCCAUAACACCAGGCCCCACAACAACGGGCCCCUGCCUCCUGCCCCACAAAACCAGGCCCCCUGCCUAUUGCCCCACAACAAUGGGCCCCUGCCUCCGGCCCCACAAGACCUGGCCCCCUGCCUUCUGCCCCGCAAAACCAGGCCCCCUGCCUCCGGCCCCACAACAAUGGGCCCCUGCCCCACAAGACCAAACCCCUGACUCCGGCCCCACAAAACUGGGCCUCCUGCCUUCAGCCCCACAACAACGGGCCCCUGACUCCGGCCCCACAACAACGGGCCCCUGCCUCAGGCCCCAAAAGACCGGGCCCUGCCUCCUGCCCCUUAACACCAGGCCCCACAACAACGGGCCCCUGCCUCCUGCCCCACAAAACCAGGCCCCCUGCCUCCGGCACCACAAAACCAAAGCCCCUGCCUCCGGCCCCACAACAAUGGGACCCUGCCUCCUGCCCCACAAGACUGGGCCCCUGCCCCAACAAUAUUGGGCCCCUGGCCCCCUGCCCCACAAGAACAGACCCCUUACUCCGGCCUCACAAUAUCGGGCCCCUGCCUUCUGCCCACAACAACGGGCCCCUGCCUCCGGCCCCAAAAGACCAGGCCCUGCCUCCUGCCCCACAAAACCGGGCCUCCUGCCUUCAGCCCCACAACAACGGGCCCCUGCCUUCGGCCCCACAACAGCGGGUCCCUGCCUCCGGCCCCAAAAGACCGGGCCCUGCCUCCUGCCCCUUAACACCAGGCCCCACAACAACUGGCCCCUGCCUCCUGCCCCACAAAACCAGGCCCCCUGUCUCCAGCCCCACAACAAUGGGCCCCUGCCUCACAAGACUGGACCUCUGCCUCCUGCCCAAUAACACCAGGCCCCACAACAUCGGGCACCUGCCUCCUGCCCCACAAAACCAGGCCCCAGACUCCGGCCCCACAAAACCGGGCCUCCUGCCUUCAGCCCCACAACAACGGGCCCCUGCCUCCGGCUCCACAACAAUGGGCCCCUGCCUCUGGCCCCAAAAGACCAGGCCCUGCCUCCUGCCCCACAAAACCGGGCCUCCUGCCUUCAGCCCCACAACAACGGGCCCCUGCCUCCGGCCCCACAACAACUGGCCCCUGCCUCCCGCCCCACAACAACGGGCCCCUGCCUCCGGCCCCAAAAGACCGGGCCCUGCCUCCUGCCCCUUAACACCAGGCCCCACAACAACUGGUCCCUGCCUCCUGCCCCACAAAACCAGGCCCCUGCCUCCUGCCCCACAAGAUUGGGCCCCUGCCUCCUGCCCCACAAGACUGGGCCCCUGCUUCCUGCCCCAUAACACAAGGCCCCACAACAACGGGCCCCCUGCCUACUGCCCCACAACAAUGGGCCCCUGCCUCCGGCCCCACAAAACCAGGCCCCCUGCCUCCGGCCCCACAACAAUGGGCCCCUGCCCCACAAGACCAAACCCCUGACUCCGGCCCCACAAAACCGGGCCUCCUGCCUUCAGCCCCACAACAACGGGCCCCACAACAACGGGCCCCUGCCUCCGGCCCCACAACAAUGGGCCCCUGCCUCCUGCCCCACAAGACUGGGCCCCUGCCUCUGGCCCAACAAUAUUGGGCCCCUGCCCCACAAGACCAGACCCCUUACUCGGGCCCCACAAAACCGGGACUCCUUCCUUCAGCCCCACAAUAACAGGCCCCUGCCUCAGGCCCACAGCAACAGGCCCCUGCCUCCGGCCCCAAAAGACCGGGCCAUGCCUCCUGCCCCACAAGACUGGGCCCCUGCCUCCUGCCCCAUAACACCAGGCCCCACAACAACAGGCCCUGCCUCCUGCCCCACAAAACCAAGCCCCCUGCCUAUUGCCCCACAACAAUGGGCCCCUGCCUCCAGCCCCACAAGACCGGGCCCCCUGCCUCCUGCCCCCAACAAUGGGCCCCUGCCCCGCAAGACCAAACCCCUGACUCCGGCCCCAUAAAACUGGGCCUCCUGCCUUCAGCCCCACAACAACGGGCCCCUGCCUCCGGCCCCAAAAGACUGGGCCCUGCCUCCUGCCCCUUAACACCAGGCCCCAACAACGGGCCGCUACCUCCUGCUCCACAAAACCAGGCCCCCUGCCUCCGGCCCCACAAGACCGGGCCCCUGCCUCACAAGACCGGGCCCCUGCCUCCGGCCCCACAAGACUAGGCCCGUGGCUCCUGUCCCACAAGACCUGACUCCGGACCCACAAAACCGGGCCUCCUGCCUCCAGCCCCACAAACCUGGCUUCCUGCCUCCGGCCCCACUACAACGGGCCCCUGCCUCCUGCCCCAUAACACCAGGCCUCACAACAACGUGCCCAUGCCUCCUGCCCCAAAAAACCAGGCCCCCUGCCUAUUGACCCACAACAAUGGGCCUCUGCCUCCGGCCCCACAACAACAGGCCCCUGCCUCCGGCGCCACAAUACCAGGUCCCUGCCUCCUGCCCCACAACAAUGGGCCCCUGCCUCCGGCGCCACAAGACCGGGUCCCUGCCUCCUGCCCCACAAGACUGGGCCCCUGCAUCUGGCCCCAUAAUAUCGGCUCCUGCCCCACAAAACCGGGCCUCCUGCCUUCAGCCCCACAACAACGGGCCCCUGCAUCCGGCACCACAACAAUGGACCCCUGCCUCCGGCCCCAAAAGACCGGGCCCUGCGUCCUGCCCCAUAACACCAGGCUCCACAACAAUGGGCACCUGCCUCCUGCCCCACAAAACCAGGCCCCCUCCCUAUGGCCCCACAACAAUGGGUCCCUGCCUCCGGCGCCACAAGACCGGGCCCCUGCCUCCUGCCCCACAACACCGGGCCCCUGUCUCCUGCCCCACAACACCAGGCCCCUGCCUCCGGGCCCCUCAGCUCCAGCCCCACAAUAUCAUGCCCCUGCCCCACAACAGAUAGCCAUUGCCUCCGGCCCCACAAAAUCGGGGCUCUGUCCCGCAAGACCAGGCCCCUGCCUCCGGCCCACAUUAUAAACGUCCUAUAUAUACCACUGUUCUCCUGCCUCUGACCCACACCUUAAACCAUAAACCACUACCCACCUCUGGUUCACAUAAUACCCCACUGCUGUAUGCCAUAUGAUUGCAGCCCCCCACACCAUUGACUUUCACCAUCACCUUCACAUCGCACAACUCUGGCAUAUUGAUCCUGGGAGUAGUUCCGAUCGCCAUUAAGGGGUCAGGAAGGAAUUUUUCCCCCUCUAGCUUCGCAGAGGGUUUUUGCCUUCCUCAGGAUCAAAGAGCCAAGUGAGGGUUCAUAGUAAUGACUCCCUACCUGUCUGCGGUUUCCAAGGAAGGAAGUAGAACAUAUUUGCCAUCAGGGAUAUAUUUGGGAGCUGUAGAUAUUAGGGAACCCCAAUUAUGGACCUAUCAUUUUUGUCAUCAAUAAAGUUGUGGUUUCACAAAUUUAACCCUAAA